AUGUACGCGCAGUUUCCUGCUUGCUAUUCCAGAUAUGAGCUCUCAGUUGUUGCUCGAGUCACAUGCUUCCGCCAACUUCUGCUCCACCAUCAUGGACUCAAAAACCUCUGGAACCACAAGUCCCAGGUAGUCAUGCGAGACCUCCAAGAGGUGGUGAAGGCCCUCCCUCUCUGGGGCAUUUGUCCUCAGCUAAAUAACAAGUUAGCAAUACUGUUCGUCCCAGGGGCCCACAAGGCCUUCCUGUUAUCCAGCCAUUGUGGCCUCUACAACAUCUCUGAAACGCUAACCACGGGGACGAAGUGGGAGCCCCUAUGCACGGGUGAUGGAGUGGCACAGGAGGACCUGCGCUCCUCAGUCAAUAGCCUGAGUGCCCGACAGACGGUACUCGGUCAGAUUGAAGUCCUGGCCAUUCUUUUUGCUGUUGUUGCCAGGGGAACCACUAUCCUUGCCAAACAUGCUUGGUGUGGAGGAAACUUCCUAGAGGUGACAGAGCAGAUUCUGGCUAAGAUACCUUCUGAAAAUAAUAAACUAACUUACUCACAUGGCAAUUAUUUGUUUCAUUACAUCUGCCAAGACAGGAUUGUGUAUCUUUGUAUCACUGAUGAUGAUUUUGAGCGUUCUCGAGCCUUCAGUUUUUUGAAUGAAGGAAAGAAGAGAUUCCAGACAACGUAUGGUUCAAUAGCACAGACUGCACUUCCUUAUGCCAUGAAUAGCGAGUUGUCAAGUGUUUUGGCUGCACAACUGAAGCAUCGCUCCGAGAAUAAGAGCCUAGACAAAGGCAUGGAGACUCAAGCACAAGCGGAUGAACUAAAAGGAGUAAUGGUCAGAAACAUAGAUUUGGUUGCUCAACGUGGAGAAAGGUCGGGAUUGCUGAUAGAUAAAACAGAAAACCUUGUGGAUUCAUCUGUCACUUUCAAAACUACCAGCAGAAAUCUUGCUCGAGCCAUGUGUAUGAAGAAUAUCAAGCUCACUAUCACCAUCAUCAUUGUAUCAAUUGUGUUCAUUCAUAUCAUUGGGUCACCUAUCUGUGGUGGGUUUACAUGGCCAAGCUGUGUGAAGGAAUAA